UGAAGUCACAUUGCAAGUGUCUGCGAACAUGUGUAAGCUUCUGGUGUUGGUUCUGGCCGUGGCGGCGGCGGCGGCGACGGCACACGCCGAGACGGCGGACGUCAGUCACGGGAUGCAGAUUCUGGGCAAGAUCGUGAGGCAGUACCUCAACACCCAGCCCGCCGACGUCAAGCUGAGCGAUGGGGUGCAUUUGGUCAGCGUGAGGAGCGAGAACGACGCGAGGGCCGCCACCGACGAUAAGAGCGUGUUUGGAGCGGUGGAGAACUACCUCCAGACGCAUGAAGUGAGGAUCAAGCUGCCGGAACUGAUGCCAGGAGAAGGGUUCGGAAGAGCCUUCAAGGAUGCGUUGAACAACAUCGAGGGAACUGACGCAGGUUCACCUCGUGGUGGAGGAGGAGGCGGCGGCGGCGGCGGCGGCGGCAAAAAAGGAGGAGGCAUGGGCGGAAUCUUGAUCAUGGGUUUGAUGAUGGGCAAGAUGAUGGCGGCACUAGGUCUCGGCGGCGUCGGUCUUUUGGCAAUGAAGGCCUUGAUGGUUUCCGCUUUGGCUUUGAUGCUGUCUAUCAUUAUCGGUCUGAAGAAGCUGGUACAUUCUGGACACGAUGAUGGCGGUCAUACUGUGAUCCACGCCACCCAUGGUGGACACGGGCACGAGUACAGGAGGAAGAGAGACGCCGCUGACAUGGCAUACAGGGCUUGGAGCGCCUACAAUUCGAGCUAAUGUGAACUAAUUUAUUUAUUUAAAAAAUUAAGUGAAUUUUGAUGUGGACUCUGUGGAUCUUGGAGUUACUCUUUUUCUUGUAGAGUCAUAGUUUGUUUAAUCUCUUUUUUCUAGUAGUAUCCGUGUUUUGUUUUCAUUUCUCAAAGAGUAACUUCUUGGUAGCGGCGAUUUACAUUUUUGUAGAUCUGGAUGAGCCACACACCUUAGAAAUUCGCUCUUACCAUGCUAUUUAUUUAAUUUAUGUUGUUGAUUGUGAAUGGUCGAAUAAAGGCCCCGUAGUAGCA